UGUCGUCCUUGUUACCCUUAUUGCUGCAAUAGGUACAAUAAUCUAAAUUUCGCUGAUAUCUUUUAUAUUGUCAAUGACCCAAUAAUUAAUAAACAGUAGACAUUAGCGUCCUAGAAUUAUGUGCAAGUUUUUUUGUGUCCUCGAAAUUGACUGUUUAAGUAUAUGUUACACACUGCAUGGCUCGUAAAAAUAAAGAAAAUAAAAGUAUGGCGUUAUCAUCUGUAUUAAAAGAUGAUGCAGACAGUAGUGAAGAUGAUUAUCGUCGCAAACGAGACAAAAACAAUCAAGCUGUUAAAAGAAGUCGGGUAAAAAGUAGAAUGCGGACACAACAAACAUUACAACGUGUAAAUCAAUUAAAAACUGAAAAUGACAUGCUGGAAGAAAAAAUUAAACUAUUGAGUAAAGAAUUGGGAUUUUUAAAAGAAUUAUUCAUGGCUCAAGCUGGUACAUCCCAAAUUGAAUUACCAAAAUCUAUGGACUUAAAAAAAUUAUUAAGUGACACUACAUCAGAUGUUUUAGAAAAUGAAACUUCAAAACCUUCAGCCUCAUAAACAAAAAAAUUAUUUCUAUUAAUUUAACUCUUCACAAUAGCUUUUAUUUUAAACAUUUGAUUUAAAUACAUUUUCUAUUCAUUUAAAUUAUUAUAAAGUUUGUGAUUAUUAUUAUUUGUAGUUUAUGUUGUCUAAUUAUUUCAACAAUGGACAAAUUGUUUUUUUAUGUAAUAAUGCAUGUUAUAAGUGCAAUAUAUGAUAAUUGUGUUAUUUAAGAACUAUUUUUUUUAUAAAUGUUUAAUAUGUAUUUCAUAAAUAUAUAAAAAAGAACAUCUA